GAAAGUUAAUCUACGAAGUAGGCCAAUAAUGAGCAACAUUGAGGAUCCCAUUCCUUUAUUGUUAACCUCUGGUGCCCCAAACCCGCUGCCCCACUGCGUGUUCGACAGGUCUGCUGUAAAUAAAGAAGGGACUCCUAUCCUAUUCGGCGACGUGGGGUCUUCCACUACCCAUAACUUUGCGCCCUGUUGCGUGAUAUAUGGUGAUGCCGCGCGGCUUAAACUUCAGUCCUACAUCGUUGUGCAACGUGGGGCAAUUAUCCGGCCACCACUGCAUCCUCUAGUAAAUCAACAGGUCGCUCAAUCGGUCGCGUUGGUGAAUAUAGGAUGUUUUACCAUUAUUGGGGUAAAAUCUGUUUGUGAAGCCGCAGAAAUCGGCAAUUUUGUGCGCAUUGAUGAACAGUGUGUAAUCGGAAGUCGUGUCCGAAUACCUGAUGGGGUGUGGAUUAGGCCGCGUAGCUGGAUUCCACCAGAUGCGGUACUAACACCGUACACGAUUUAUGAAGGGAGCCCCGCGGUAUCUCUUGGCCGUAUCGGUUAUGACGCGUACCGCCUUCAACAAAUGGAGUUUAUACGUGAGUGUGGAAAUUGGUGA